AUGUAUCGAGAUAUUACACAUAGUCGAAUAUGUAUUUCUUCUCUUGAAGAUCCACAUUUGAACACCUUGAAGGAAAUAAAACAAUGGUUCAUUCAAGGUGAUAAACAAAAGAAAGAUUCAAGUCAAUGGUUUUUCGCGCAAUGCCAGUUUGAUUUGAUUUUAUCAAUAAAUGGAUUUCUUGAAAUCAUAGAAUAUAUACUUACUAAUUGGCCAGAUGCUAUAAUUCAACCAAGAAGACUAUCUCAGGAUAUGCUUAAAGGUUUAUUCAGAUCAAUUAGAGAAAUGGCUGGUGACUCUUCUACAUAUAUGGUUCAAUCCUAUGGAUAUGCAAUGAACAAGUUAACAAUUACAAUACAAAUGACAUCAGAAAUACAAAGCUUGAAUUAUGGUUUAGCUGAUAGUUUGGGCUGUGUGCUUGCUGAUUUAAAACAAAGAGAUUAUCGAACAACUGAUGGUGUAGAGAAUCUUUUGGUAACUUGGUCUAAAAAUAUUCGUCAAAUGGCAUUAGAUUCAUAUGCGGGUGAUUGGUUUAAUGACUUUCAACUGUUGGCCCCGGAUAAUAUUAAAGUAGAAACCCAACGAUUGAUAGCCUAUAUAUUACUUGAAAAAAUUAUAAGAAUCACAUUUAGACAAGUACACAACAGACAGUAUCAUGAUCAACUUUUUAUAAAUCAUACUGAUUCAUGGGUUAUACCUGGAAAAAUUAUUGACCUGGAACCUGCCGAGACAUCAAAAUUUCAGUAUAUUAUCAGAUGGACUAUCUACAAAUUAACAAAAAGUGAUAGAUUAACAUUAGCACAUGAAGAAUUUGCAAAAAUCGAAUCAUGUUUAAAUGUUCUUAGCUCUGAGCAACUGUUUGAAAAACACAUAGAGUAUGGGCCAGAUAUUCUAAUUUAUAUCGAUAAUAAUCUUGUAAGCAAUCAACCUUUAAAGAAGCAGUUUAAUGACCUUUUGCAAAUAGCAUAUGAAUUUUAUUAUAAUGCUGAAUAUAAAAAUAAAGAAUUAUUUCCAGAAUUUAUACAUAACAGUAUUCAAUUAUCACAAGAAGCUGAAGACUAUCUAUUGAAUGUCAAGGCAAUGGGUAUAGAUUUAAAAAAUAAUGCAAAAAAAGAUGAUCAACCAAAAACGAAACUUGUUACAUUUAAGAAAGGGAUGCUACCAGAAAAUCUUGAGUUAGCACUUG